AUGACAAAACGUCAAGAUGAAACUGUGACUCUUUUUCACGGAGAUCUCGGAGAGAAGGAUGAACAGAACAGAGUACCAUUGAACACAGUAGUAUCCGUUUGUACUUUGAUUACCAGCUUUGAUCAUUGUGUCAGACAGAUACUGUAUGUAGCAGCUAGGUUAGCAAGUGAAAAACACUCUCAACAACAGCCUACGCAAAUGCAACAUUCGUCCUCGUCCGAAGACGUUGACAUGGAAUCCUCAGGAGGUGGUAGGUCAGACUCGUGUGGAUCUGUUGGAGUAGUGUCAUCGGACGUGGACGGUGGAAGUAUCGAUGAACUAUCUGCGAAAUUUAGUGUUCAAGGAACGUCGAGUAGUAAAAGCACAGGAAAAAAGAAAGUAGUACGUGCAUAAUAGUAAUAAGCGUUGUUCUCUGUAUCGAUUUGCUCUGUCUAGAUAUUUUAUGUUUAAUAACGUGCAUUCUGGUCUUUCGUUUCAGACACUUGAAAAUUUCGAAUUCUUGAAAGUUCUGGGAAAGGGUACAUUCGGAAAGGUAAUCCUUUGUAGAGAAAAGGCGACGGGCCAUUUAUACGCUAUUAAAAUAUUACGAAAGGAAGUUAUUAUACGUAAGGACGAGGUUGCGCACACGCUUACUGAGAACAGAGUACUGCGAACUACAAAUCAUCCGUUCCUAAUUGUAUGUCUUUCAUAUAUUUUAUUAUAUCGAACCCGCGCGUGUAACAUUAAUUAAUGCUUCUUAAUUUGCAGUCGUUAAAGUAUAGCUUUCAAACAGCGGAUAGGCUGUGCUUUGUAAUGGAAUACGUAAACGGCGGGGAGUUGUUCUUUCAUUUGCGACGUUCCCGUGUAUUCGGCGAGGAUCGUACACGAUUUUACGGCGCUGAAAUCAUUUCAGCCUUAGGUUACCUUCAUUCGCAGGGUAUCAUUUACCGUGAUCUCAAAUUAGAGAAUCUUCUUUUAGAUAAAGAUGGACACAUUAAAAUAGCUGACUUCGGAUUGUGCAAAGAAGAUAUAACGUACGGUAAAUACGUUGUACAUAUUUAAAAUAUAAAAUUUUAUAAAUUUAAAUAUGUGGCGAAAAAUACCGGUGACAUUUCAAAUAUUCAGGAAGAACGACGAAAACGUUCUGCGGAACCCCUGAAUAUCUUGCACCAGAAGUAUUAGAGGAUAACGAUUAUGGACGAGCUGUAGAUUGGUGGGGAGUCGGUGUUGUUAUGUAUGAAAUGAUUUGUGGUCGAUUACCUUUUUAUAAUAAAGACCAUGAAAAGCUUUUCACGCUUAUUGUAAUGGAAGAAGUAAGAUUUCCUAGAACAAUCAGUAACGAAGCAAAAGACAUGCUUGGUGGUAUGUAGACUGGACAAUUGUAAACUGAAUGAUUGCCUUUUGAAACUGACAGAUGUUUUUAAACUUCUAAACUUCUUUUUUUUCAGGAUUACUUAUUAAAGAUCCAAGUAAAAGAUUAGGCGGUGGACCUAACGAUGCGAAAGAAAUUAUGGAUCAUGCAUUUUUCUCGUCAAUUGAUUGGUCGGAUCUUGUACAGAAAAAAAUUCCUCCUCCUUUUAAGCCUCAAGUAACGUCUGACACAGAUACCCGAUAUUUUGAUAGUGAAUUUACGGGCGAAAGCGUCGAGCUUACGCCACCUGAUCAAGGAUUUUUAGGUAGUGGGGCUGGUUUAAAUUCAAUAGCUGAAGAGCAAGAGCAUUUCCCCCAAUUUUCCUAUCAGGAAAGUCACUCAGCAGCAACUUCUUCCAUUGUUUCCAUUAAUCACUGACAGUGUCAAGCUUUUUCUUUGUUUACGUAAUGAGAUGUAUGGCUAAAUGCAUGAAAAAGUCAGACAUUCGAUUAUGACGAAUAUUCGCAGUUUGUCUACCAAUUUGGAAGAAUUUUUUUUUAACGCAGAUAAAUCGAAAUAUCAGUUAUUUUCGCUAAUUUAUGAUGCUUUUUUGUGCAUCUUUAUAAGGUUUUAACACAUAUCUCCAAUGGCAGAUUCGCGUAUGUGUGCGUGUACAUGCGCAUGCAUGCACAUACUCAUUAAAAUUGUACAUGAAAAAAGUUAUGUACUAUAGGAUCCAAUUAAAUUAAUAUUUAUACCUGCUGAGUAGGUUUGCGGUGAUAUAAUGGGGAUUGGAUGUUUGUUUAAAUCGAAAACAAAAUAAGAGAGGUGAAAAAGUUAUGCUUAUCCCCUAAACUGUGUUACGUUAUAAAGAGUGGCAUGUUUUUUCUAUAUGGAAGAACGAUAUUUGAUAAUCGUAGCUACAGUUUAAUUUUUUUUUUUUUUUAAUGAGGAUGGUAAUCGAUAUUUUCUGGCUUCGUUGUCAAUUUUAUCGCAAUAAUUUAUAGAAAAGCAGUUCCUGGUUAUUUUUUUAAAUUCAUUAGUCAAAUAUUAUAGCGGAAGUCAAAAUAGCAAAUUAUACUUGGCAAGGAGCCAGUCAAUGGGCAAAUGGAUUUUCCAUUUUAAAAGUAGAAACAUAG